AUAAAACCUACCGUUUCGCUCCCACAUUUUCAGUUCAGAUUUGGAGUUCCUCGUCUUUCCCUCCACUCUCUCACUCUUCCAAUCUCUCUCUUUCUCUCUCUCUCUCUCUCUCUCUCUCCAUUGAAUCCUUUGGUGAUUAUCCAUUGAAAAGGGCCAUCCAGACGAAAGAACCAGGAUAAAGAAAAGGCUUUCAUUUUAAGAUUUUGCUGCAAUGGAUGCCACAACUCCAAGUUUACAACACCGACCAUUUUCAAUUAAACUGUGGCCCCCAAGCCAGAACACACGGCUAAUGCUUGUGGAACGAAUCACCAACAAUCUUUCCAGCCAGUCCAUUUUCACCCAGAAAUAUGGUAUUCUAAAUAAGGAAGAGGCUGCGGAGAAUGGCAAAGAAAUUGAAGACUCUGCUUUUGCCUCUGCAAAUCAACACUACGAAAAGGAGCCUGAUGGUGAUGGAGGUUCUGCAGUGCAAAUGUAUGCCAGAGAAUGCAGUAAGCUCAUCCUUGAAGUUCUUAAAAGGGACCCUAGAACCAAGGGGGACGGAGAGGGUGCGAUAGUCGAGAAAGUUACAGGGGGCCAUGAAACCUGCUUUGAUAUAUCUAAAGGCCAGCGGGCUUUCAUUGAAGCAGAGGAGGCUCAGGAACUUUUAAGGCCAUUAAAGGAGCCUGCAAAUUCUUACACUAGGAUAUGCUUUAGCAACAGAAGCUUCGGCUUAGGCGCAGCUCGUGUUGCAGAGCCGAUAUUGGAAUCUGUUAGGAAUCAAUUGCAGGAAGUUGACCUGUCAGAUUUUAUUGCAGGAAGGUCCGAGGCAGAAGCUCUUGAAGUCCUGAAUAUAUUCUCAGAAGCCCUCGAAGGUUCUGUUUUGAAGUCUCUGAAUCUUUCGAACAAUGCCUUGGGCGAGAAGGGUGUUAGGGCAUUUGAGAAACUCCUGAAAUCACAGAGUAGAUUGGAGGAACUCUAUUUAAUGAAUGAUGGUAUCUCAGAGGAAGCUGCACGAGCUGUUUGUGAGUUAAUUCCUUCCACGGAGAAGCUUAGGGUUCUCCAAUUUCAUAAUAACAUGACAGGAGAUGAAGGGGCUGUCGCUAUUUCUGAGGUCGUAAAGUGCUCUCCCUUGUUGGAGGAUUUCCGAUGCUCCUCUACAAGGGUAGAUUCAGGAGGAGGAAUUGCUUUGUGUGAAGCACUCAGUACAUGUACCCAUUUGAAAAAUCUUGAUCUGCGUGACAACAUGUUUGGUGUAGAAGCUGGACUCGCUUUGAGUAGAACUCUUUCUAAACACGCAAAUCUUACUGAGGUUUAUCUGAGCUACCUGAAUUUGGAAGAUGAAGGGGCAACUGCUGUAGCCAAUGCUUUAAAGGAGUCAGCUCCGUCGCUCGUGGUCUUGGAGAUGGCUGGAAAUGAUAUAACAGUUGAAACUGCUCCUAGUUUAGCUUCAUGUAUAGCAGCAAAGCAGUCUCUCAUCAAGCUGAAUUUGGCAGAGAAUGAACUUAAGGAUGAAGGUGCUAUUCAAAUCGGCAAGGCUUUGGAAGAAGGCCAUGACCAAUUGAAGGAAGUUGACAUGAGCAGCAACUCGAUAAGGAGGGCUGGGGCUAGGCUAUUGGCUCAGACUGUGAUGCGAAAGCCUAAGUUUAAGUUGCUGAACAUCAAUGGGAAUUUCGUCUCUGAAGAAGGCAUUGAUGAGUUGAAGGGUUUAUUUAAGACUUUUCCUGAUUUGCUUGGGUCCUUGGAUGAGAACGACCCUGACGGAGAAAAUGAUUAUGAGGAGGAGAAGGAAUCUGGAGAUGAGGGUGAAGGCAACAAUGGUGAAUUGGAAUCAAAACUGAAAAAACUUGAUGUCAACUAAGAGUAGAGGUUUUCUCAUGUCAGGUUUUCCCCCCCCCCCCCCCCCCCCUUUUCAUUUUGGGUUGACUACUUUGUUCAUUCUUGAUAUGCAUGAGCAGGGUCAGUUACAGUAACUCUGGGAGCACCCAAGCACGGAAUUUUCAAAAGUAGGUUAGGUUUGAUGGCGCCAUUUUAAUUUGCUUCUUAGAUUGCUUUUAAGAAUUAUUUAAUGUAAGAUCUAAUCUAAGAUUCUUACUUGAGACACCAUCUUUUGAGGUUGUCUUGACGGUGUGGAACUUUUAAUUGAUGAUUUUGUUCUCUCUCU